UGACGUCCUGACGUCCUUACGUCACAGGAACACAGCGGACAACACUAUACAGCUGUCAUGUAACCGGACACGCACACGAUCCAACAAACUUCACGUAAACAUGAUUUAUAUUCACUUCGUGUGUGUUUUGACAAUUGUCAAUGCCGUAUUUACGGUCAGUCCGGGAGCAGAAAUCAAAACAAAUGAUCGUCCAAUAAUUGGUGUUCUCGCGCAGGAGGUUUAUAAUCCACAGCCGGGCAGAAACUCGUAUAUUGCGGCCUCAUACGUCAAGUUUCUGGAGUCUGCAGGCGCUCGAGUGGUGCCUGUCACAAUCAACAAGUCUGAGGAAGAAAACACACGUCUCUUUAAAUCCAUUAAUGGGGUUCUGUUUCCAGGUGGUGGAGUCAGUAUAGAGACGUCCGGCUAUUCCAGAGCAGCUGCUCUUUUCUACAGACUCGCUCUUGAGGCGAACUCGAAGGGCGAUUAUUUCCCUAUUUUGGGAAUCUGUUUGGGAUUUGAGCAGCUGACACUGUUGACCAGCGGUCAGUUGUUACUCUCUCACACAAACACCAGCAGUAUUUCCCUGCCACUCAACUUCACUGACGAAAUCGGACACAGUCGACUCUUCAAAGACUUUCCUGGUGAUCUUAUGAAAUCGCUGGCGUCUGAAUCUCUCACAGAAAACUCGCACCAGUGGAGUCUGACUACAGCGAACUUUACCAAGAGUGAGAGGAUGAAGAAGUUCUACAGAGUUUUAAGUACCAACACAGAUGGACAAAAUGAGUUUGUGUCCACAAUGGAAGCGUAUGAAUUUCCCAUCUAUGGCACCCAGUGGCACCCGGAGAAGAACGCUUUUGAGUUUACACGGCCCUCUAUUCCCCACACGCCUUCAGCCAUUAAAACCACCUCCUACACCGCUCAGUUUUUUGUCAAUGAAGCGAGGAAAAAUCUUCAUACUUUUAGCAGCACAGAGGAAGAACAGAAGGCGUUGAUUUAUAACUACAAUCCUGUAUACACUGGAACUGAAAGCUCAUUUGAACAGAAAUACUUUUUUGAUUAGUUUAUUACUUUAGUAAGCACUCUUAUAAUAGGUUGUCUGUGAUUUUAAUGUAAUUAUUAUAUUUUUUUCUUUAAGGUAAAGAAUGAAAGUGCAUAUAGUGUACCUGUGACACUAUACAAUCAACUUUUUAAGAUGGACUUUUAUUUUGUUUUAUUAAAUUGACACAAAAGUACAA